GGGGGCGCUCGAGGCCCUGCCGCUCCAUUCCCAAGAUGGCGGCGGCGGCGGCGGCGACCGGCUCCGUGCCGGUGCGGGUGUGCCACCAGGAGAUCGUCAAGUUCGACCUGGAGAUCAAGGCGGCCGUGCAGGACAUCCGGGACUGCCCGGGGCCGCUCAGCGCCCUCACGGAGCUCAACGCUGCGGUGAAGGAGAAAUUCCGGCACCUCCGCGGCCGCAUCCAGGAGCUGGAACAGAUGGCGAGGGAACAAGAUAAAGAGUCGGAGAAACAGGCCUUGCUGCAGGAAGUGGAGAACCAUAAAAAGCAAAUGCUCAGCAAUCAGGCAGCUUGGAGAAAGGCAAAUCUGGCUUGCAAAAUUGCUAUCGACAACUCUGAGAAAGAUCAGCUGCUGCAGGGAAGAGACUCCUUAAGACAAAGAAAGACUACGAAGGAAAGUCUGGCAGAGAGUGCAAGUAACAUCACAGAGAGCCUGAUGAGCAUCAGCAGGAUGAUGUCACAGCAAGUCCAGCAGAGCGAGGAGACUGUGCAGACCCUGGCCAAUUCUUCACGAACCAUCCUGGAAGCAAAUGAAGAAUUUAAGUCCAUGUCUGGGACGAUUCAGCUGGGGCGAAAGCUGAUAACGAAGUACAACCGCAGGGAGCUGACUGACAAGCUGCUCAUCUUCCUCGCCCUUGCCUUAUUUCUGGCCACUGUGCUUUAUAUUUUGAAAAAAAGACUCUUCCCAUUCUUGUAAAAUCCUGAAGUUAAACUGGACUGUUAUGAAAGAUCAGAAAGGGAUAGUGUAAUACUGUUGGGCUUAUUAGAAAAGGGAUAUUGCAAUAGCUGACAGAGCAUUCGAGUGACUUCACAGUGUCCCUAUGGAGCUCACAAGAAGCUGCCAAAGAAGAGCUUAAAUGAUCACAGGAUGGGAAGAAGUGGUUGGAUGGAGGUGUGGAGAGAAGAAGCUCUGAUCUGCCUGUGGGUUUGGUGUCCAGACAGGCACUGGAGGAGCUGUGCACUCAGAGGUGCUGCUCUUACCUCAUCCUUUCUUCACUUUGCCAUGAAAUUUACUUUUGUCUUUGGCUUGAAGUGGAAGCUGCAUUGAUACCCAAGUGCAGGGUGCUGAAAACAAGCAGAAGGAUGGAAGGGAGAAACACACAUACAUUCCAUGAAUAAACUAUUUAUUGUA